AUGGGAGGUGCGGUCUUCUCCUCCGGCUUCUCCCUCAGUCGUCGGGGCGGAGUCCAUCAGAUGUACAGAAAACCUCCAAAAAUUCUUGCUGGUCGAUAUCUUCUCGGCGGCACCAUUGGACGUGGAAGUUAUGGCAAGGUGAAGGAUUGCUUGGAUCUGCUAACCCUCCGUCGCUGCGCCGUCAAGAUUGUCUCUAGAUUGGGUGUUCGAAAAAUUCCUGGUGGCUGGUCCCAGGCUCUCACCGAAGCUUGUCUCCUCCGUUUCCUUAUGCCUCACCGACAUAUCGUUUCUGUGGCGACUGUUUUGCGUCUCACUGAUCCUGAUCGAGUUGCACUGGUGAUGGAAUAUUGUCUUGGUUCUGUUCACGAUCUCCAAGCUUCUGGUGUGCAUUCUGUUACGUCGGUUGCUCCUCCAGCAGUCGCAGCGGUUGGGUCGGCAGCCAAAAUGGAUUCUGGUGAGGGAUUCCAUCGGAUUGCCACGCUUCCCGUCAUUGAUGGUGAGGUGGAUGAUGGGGAGUCAGAAGACCAGGCUGUCAUGCUACUGAGGAAGCAGUCUGCUUUUAACAGCCCACAUCCCGUGUUGCUUGCGGGUGGUGGUGGUGGAGGAGGAGGUGUAGAUAUAACUGAAAUGGGCUACCAACAGUUUCGAAGGCUUCCAGAGGCUCAGGCACAUGCCUACUUCAUUCAAGUGAUAGACGGACUGGCCUACCUGCAUGCUAACGGCAUCAUCCACCGGGACAUCAAACCAGCCAAUUUGCUGAUCACUCCAGCACCGGGUUCGGGACUGAUUCUGCCCUCCUCCCUGUCUCACGAGUACCGUGGGGGUGGCGACACCUACCAACCGGGUCUGGUACCAUUCACGGGUGAGGAGGUGUUACGCCUCUCUCGAGGCUACCUCAUUAAGUUGGCUGACUUCGGUGUCUCCGUCUCCAUACCUGCUUUCGCAUCUAGUGAUGAGGUCGGAGCUGGACAAAUCACUCCGGCUGUACAGCCUCCAGAAGUGGCUAAAGGUGCGCAAACCUCCUUCCAUGGUCCUAAAUUGGACGUCUACAGUGCUGGCGUCUCCCUUUUCUUCAUGCUCACCGGCCGCGUGCCCUUCAGUAGUCCAAAUGUGCUUCAAAUUUUUGAAGCCAUAGCUGAAGGUUUCUACCAGUGUCUUGUCACUUUCCACUCGUCUGUCCUUCAGAAACGCCUGAGUCUGGAGAAUGUGGCUCGACAUGAGUGGAUAUGCGACACAAAACAUCUCCUUCCCCCACCUAGUCUUUCUACUGCCGCGAAGGCUUGUGCCGCACACUGGAACUCUGUCAUCGCUACCUCCUCAACGUCAAACACCACUGCCACCGCUCCCGCCUCUUCUACUCUCAUGCCUCGAGGCUUCGCCUGUUGGCUUGAUCCCCUUUUCUACCUCCGACGGCCCACACCGCAAUUUGAAGCACCACACAUCGAUGAGACCGGUGCUCGAAUCUUCUCUCUUCCUGAGAUCGAUUCAAUGCGUGCCAUGGGACACAUUUCCGAGGUGGAUGUACCACCGCCAACCUCACAUCCGUUGCCCUCUUCACCGUCACGUCCGCACUCGCCUAUUCGUUUCAGCGUCAAGUCGUUUGAUGGAGAGGAAAGCGGCGAGGUUUUGGCAGCUGCAGGAGGUGAAGUGAAUCUGCCACAAUCACCGUCACUCACUUUGGAGGAAAGGCGGAUUACGCCGUUGUCGGUGAUAAAACAACUGAGGAAUUUCCAUAACUGGCCUCCGUUACCGAGUCAAACAGAAACUGGUGUAACUGAUGAGGCUCAACCCUUCUCCUUCAAUUUCCACGACGUUGGCGAGUUUGAAACGCCUCUGGAAGAGUCGCUUUCUCGUCUUGGGAUCAUGGACUACGGGAUAGCACCCAUAUCCUCUCUACCCCAACAGCUCCAGCUCCCACUGUCCGAAGAGCCCUCCCCCGCCGAUCUGCAACCCUUUGUUCGCUCACCAGACAUUUUCCCACCCUCCGAUACUGCUUGGCGCCCUACUACCACCGCCUCACGCGUUUACUGUCACUCCCAGCCCCUCUUCUCAACGUCUUCAUCAAUGGAAAUGCAGAGACAGCAGCAACAGCCGCCCACUUCGCCGCAGGACAUCCCCGUGGACGAGAGUCACCGCUACACGUUGAGUACAGGCGCACUUACUUCUGAACAGCUUUCCUCAUUGGCACGACACAUGGAAGAGGAGCAGCAACGGCGUCUUCAGCUGCAGCAGCUGACAAAUUCUGCGAGUCUGUACCAUUGCUCUUCCGGCGAACCCGCACCUGAGCCUGUAGUCUACACUACUGAGGCCUGCACAAGUCACGAGGAGGCCAAACCACGGCAUCGCCGAGCUUCUACCGCCCGCCUCACUCGCUGGUUCUCCGAUUCUAUGUCGUUGAUACGCAACCGCUUCCGCCGCAUGACUGGUAUCUCGAGCAGCAAAAAUAACACAAUGGAAUGUAGCAUGACGCUGGCGCAUCCGCAUUCUACUGCAACUCACAGCCUCCGCUCCAACAUCACAGUGGCGGAGGAGGAGGAGGAGAUGGCGCCCACAGUUCACCACCGUGUGUCUACCCUUCCCUCAUCAACAGGAAGGACAGUGUCGGGACAAGCUGCUAAUUCAGCUUCUUCCUCCGUUCUGCGGCGCCACCGCCAUCGGAGACGUGCGCCUCUACCGAUGGAUCCAGCGAUUAAGAACUGA